GGUUAAAUAGCCUGUUGUUGUUGUAUGGUUGUUUAACAAGCUUUGAGGAUUCGCAACAGAUAGCACUAUUCUUUGAAAUUAAUUGUGUCGGGGAACUUCAUUAAUCUUUAAAGUAUUUGUGAAUAAUUGUGCUGUCUCAUAAGGGUUAAUACCUGCUCAGUUCCAUCCAGUGUCAUUUCUAAUAACGAUGUCAUUUGGAUUCUGUGAUCUGUGUGUCAACUUGGAAAAUGAAGAUAUUGGGUCACUUCGUGUGAUGCUUCAUAAAUUGCAUACAAUGGGCUAUUCAACGGUAGCGAUCAACCAGAUGCUGGAUGAAUCCGGCUUUGAAUCUAGGAAGAAGAAGAAAAAAAAAUUGGGAGAUGAAAGUUCACCAGUUACGACUCUUCCUAAUCCUGAUAUUAUCAAAGAUCUUAUUCCUGAAUUUGCUGGAAAACUACGCAUACUGAGUCGGAUUACCUUCAUUUAUACCGGCAUCACUACAACUCAAGCGCUGAAUCAAACACCUAAUCUUCGAAAGUAUGAUUUGUAUGCAGUUGCUCCUCAGACCCAAGAGGCAGUUCAGAUUGCCUGUGCACAAUUGAACGCAGACAUAAUAUCUAUUAACACAAAAUGUCCAGGACUGAGGCUGGGUAGGAAAUUGUAUUCACAAGCUGUGGAAAGAGGAGUUCAUUUUGAAAUACAAUACAGUGACAUUAUUGAUACUGCAACCAGAAAUUUCGCAAUACAUUAUUCUCACUUAUAUCACGCAUAUGGCAGGAGUAAAAACAUCAUCAUAACAAGUGGAGCUUCAAAGCCAAGCCAGAUCAGAAACCCCUAUGAUAUAAUGAAUCUAGCAACGAUUUUGGGAUUGAAUGAGACAAAGGCCAGGGCAUCUAUUCUCUCACAGAGUCGAUACGUGAUUUUAAGAGCAGAAAGCAGGCGCUAUGGAAAAUCAGUAUUUGAAAUACAAUCCUCCGCUGACAAAGAAGUAUUGGAGUUGGAAACGGAGGAUGUAGAAGAAGAAGAUUCUUCUAUAGAUCCAAAGCAGAUGAGACUGUAAUGUAUUCAUUGAUCUAUUCAUCUUCAUCUGUAAUCUAUUCUUUGUCUCAGUACAGAUGAAGAAGCACAUCAUUUUGAUGGGAAAGAAUAAAAGAUUUAUACGAGUAAAGUUGGUUAUAUUUAAAAAGAUAAAGAUUUGUUACAUAACCAGUAUAUUUUGUUACACAAUAGCAGGUACACAAACCUCAGUCAUAACUGAAGUGGUUAGACAGAACGCGAAGAGAAAUACGUUGGGACCAAUCGAAAUUUUCAACAGGCCUAGUCGACGAGUGCUUUCUUUUUGGGACAACAUUUCUUAGCAGUCUCGGAAAAAUAUCGACGAGAUGUCAUUCGAUUCGGAACAACACGUAGAUAAUUUUUGAAAAAAAUCAAGGUCCGCUUACGAAAAUUGCAAAAGUUAUAAACAAUUGAGUC